AGCUCCUACAAGAAACAACAACAAAUGACCGCGUUUUGUCCAGAUAAGCUCAUGAAAUAAAUUAAAACUGUAAUCUAUCAUUCGCGAUUCCCGUAUAAUGUGCUUCCGGAAUGUUCUGUCGUAACCUUCACCUCCAUCGGCGCGUAAAAUAGUAGAAAAUAAACGCUUUAUAGAGAGAUCAGUGUUCUUUAACUUGUUAUUUUGAGCAGUAGCAUUGAGGUUAGGAUGGCAGGGACUGUGUUAGCCGUGGGGACAGGGGUCGUGGUCAUUGCGGUGGUCUGGAUAGCAGCGCUGAUAAUAGGGAUCAUUCUGCUCAGGGCAUCGGGGGCUGCCAGGUUGGGAGUUAUCCCAGUAUUUCUCCUGGCUCUCAUAAUCACCCUGGGGCUGGUGUUCUUCCCUCGCAGUCCAGAGACCCCUCCUCCUUUCAAAGAGAUCGAGAUAGUGGACACGUUGUUCAUCGGGCGCUACGUGCUGUUGGCGGUGGCUGGAGCCGUCUUUCUUUUCGGCCUCUUCAUGCUUGUCCCAUUUCACCUCCUGGAACCUGUCUACGCCAAAGAGCUCAGGACUCACUAGAGAGAGAAGCCUGGGAGCCAAGGACACGGUAGUAGUGACAGAAAUUGGAAAUGGACUGAAAAGUAUGAACCAAUGUAGUCACUAUAGUAUUUAUUUAGGUAAAUUAAUCGUAUUUUGUACAGUAUAUACACUUUUUUAUAUUUUGUGCAAUUGAUAGAAAAAUAAUUACAUGGUAUUUUUCCACUAAC